UCACUGAUUUGAAAUCGGGGCUCUGCUGUUUUCCCUGACGUCGCUUCCAGGAAAAUAAAUCAAGUUAGGAUCAGCGCACAGGCGGAGGAAACAAGACAUUUUCAAAAGCAGAGAUGUUCCGUAAUCAGUACGACAACGAUGUGACAGUGUGGAGCCCACAGGGCCGUAUUCAUCAGAUCGAGUAUGCCAUGGAGGCAGUGAAGCAGGGUUCUGCAACUGUAGGACUCAAAUCCAAAACCCAUGCAGUCCUGGUUGCACUUAAGAGAGCCCAGUCUGAACUGGCUGCCCACCAGAAGAAGAUCCUCCAUGUUGACAACCACAUCGGCAUCUCCAUUGCUGGACUGACUGCUGAUGCCAGACUGCUCUGUAACUUCAUGCGUCAGGAGUGCUUGGACUCUAGAUUUGUCUUCGACAGGCCCCUCCCUGCAUCACGUCUCGUCUCUCUUAUUGGCAGCAAAACCCAAAUCCCAACACAGAGGUAUGGAAGGAGGCCCUACGGUGUUGGACUCCUCAUUGCUGGCUAUGAUGACAUGGGACCUCAUAUCUUCCAGACCUGCCCGUCAGCCAACUACUUUGACUGCAAAGCCAUGUCCAUUGGAGCACGCUCUCAGUCUGCACGCACCUACCUGGAGAGAUGCAUGGACAAGUUCCACGACUGUAAUCUGAAUGAUCUGGUCCAACAUGGCCUCCGUGCUCUCAGAGAAACCCUCCCCGCCGAGCAGGACCUCACUACCAAGAAUGUUUCCAUUGGUAUUGUGGGGAAGGACAUGGAGUUCGUCAUUUAUGACGAUGAUGAUGUUGCCCCAUUCCUGGAGGGACUGGAGGAGAGGCCACAGAGAAAGGUUGCCCAGGCAGCAGAUGAACCCGCUGCUGGACCGGUAUCUGAUGAGCCAAUGGAGCACUGAGUCAGCCCUGUCAUCCACUUCCUGUUAUCAGAGAGGGCAGGCACAAACCCAGACCAACCUGACACUUACUGCGACUCACCAGAGAAAGUUAUGUGCCACUUGCUAAACUGUUAAAUCCAAAAUAUUCUCUGCUAACAUCAACCAAUGUGAUGUUGCUUUUGUAUAAGUAAAGUGUACCAUUAUACAAGUAAUAAAGUCUUUUUUUUGAA